AUGGGAAGGUUUGGUUUCGAUGUGGCAUUACUCUUCAUUCUUGGCCUGGUUUUAGCCAGCAGCAUUGGCUCUGCCCAUGCUCAAUUGAAGAUGGGUUUCUACUCCAAGAGCUGCCCAAAAGCAGAGAAGAUAGUGCAGGACUAUGUCAAUCAACACAUCCCCAAUGUUCCUUCUCUGGCUGCUACUUUCAUCAGGAUGCACUUCCAUGACUGCUUCGUCAGGGGCUGUGAUGCAUCCAUCCUUCUGAACACGACUUCAGGGGAGCAAACUGAGAGGCAGUCCCCGCCGAAUCUGUCGCUCCGAGGGUUCGACUUCAUCGACAGGGUGAAGAGCCUGGUGGAAGCUGCGUGCCCCGGAGUUGUGUCAUGUGCUGAUGUCCUCACUUUGGUCACCAGGGACUCCAUUGUUGCCACAGGAGGUCCUUCUUGGAAAGUACCCACUGGUCGAAGAGACGGCUUGAUCUCCCGAUCAUCAGAGGCACUCAACAACCUUCCUCCUCCGUUCGGCAACAUUAACACUCUCAGAACUAUGUUCGCCAGCCAAGGACUCGAUUUGACAGACCUCGUACUGCUCUCUGGUAAUGCUACGUGCGACUAUGUGUAUACAUUGUGA